GAAAAUAUGAAACUUGGCCCUUGUCUUCUUGAAGGGAGUAACUUUGUACAUUUUCACAGGUGACUGAAAUAAAAAUUCCACUUUACUCUCACAUAAAAUGUAAAUAGCUGGUGUGUAGUACUUUAAAGCCAGGUAUAACUUGCACCCCUACAGUCUCGGAACUUGGGCAGUAGAAGAGUUUUCUGAGUUUGAGGCUAGCCUGAAACAUGGUGUGAGGUUAUCUCCUGAAACCUUGGGUUUGUGAUGUAGGUCAGUGGCAUAGCAGACAGAGCACAUGGCUAAGCAAACACAAGGCUGGGGUCAAUAGUGGGCAUCAUCCAAGCAAAAAACAAUGUAUGCUUCACCCCAAUGACUUCAAAUUAGAGAAGCUGUGCAGGGGAUGUGGCUCAGCGAUAGGGUACUUGCCUAGCACACACAAAGAUCUUCACGACUGGGGACACAGGAGGCAGAGAAACAAAAGGAAUCCAUAGAAUCUAAAUCAAAACAAAAAAGCCCCACAACCCAAUAGUCUACCUUCAGAAAAGCAAGGGUCAACAUUCUAGCACAAAAAGAAGCAGGACACAACCUCUACCCCAUAGCUGAGUGGCUGACAACUGAUGGCUUCUGGAGGAGGAAGCCUUGUUGUUUGUUGAAGGAUGUAGCCCUAGCAGGUCCACCAUGUUCCAGUGGAUAGCCUCACACCUCUGAAUAUAUAGGAAGUACAACGUGUAGUCAGUGAGCUAGAAAAUACAUGGAAGGGAUUAAGGGGAUACUGAUCAAAUUAUAACACCAAAUGCAUGUAUGAAACUAAUAAAAAUAUCUUUUUAAAAAAUUCUAUUGGGGACUGGAGAGAUGGCUCAGGGUUUAAGAGCACUGACUGCUCUUCCAGAGGUCCUGAGUUCAAAUCCCAGCAACCACUUGGUGGCUCACAACCAUCUGUAAUGGGAUCCAAUACCCUUUUUUGGUGUUUCUGAAGAACCAAAGCCUGGUCAGACGGUGGUGGCACACAUAUUUAAUCCCACCACUGGGGAAGCAGUGGCAGGCAAAUCUCUUAAGUUUCUGGCCAGCCUGGGCUACAGAGAGAGUUUUAGGAUACCCAAGGGUACACAGAGAAACCCUGUGUUGAAAACCAAACCAAACCAACAAAAACCAAAACAAAGCCCAAGACAGAACAUUAGGUAACUGUAAACACACAGUAACCUAAGCUACUCACAUGCCUAAUGUUUGAUAACAAAUAUUCCCAAUGUGGUCAAAGUUGGCUAUAACUAGUCAAGUAUUUGUACUGAAAUGCACUUGCCUUUGUAAGCUUUCUCCACUAUUGUGAGAUGGGGCCUCAGUUUAGCCUAGGUUAGUCAGGUGCUACUAUGAAACCCUGGCUAACCUCAAACCUAGUACAGUUCUGCCCCAGCCUCCUAAAUGCUGAGAUUAUAGGCCUGAGCCAACAUACUUGGCCUUUGUCUUCUUGAAGGGAGUUAACUCUACAUUUUCACAGAUGAUUGAAAUAAAAAUUCCACUUUACUCUCACAUAAAAUGUAAAUAGAAGGCAGGUGUAGUGGCGUAUGCCUUUAAUCCCAGCACUUGGGAGGCAGAGGCAGGUGAAUUUCUGAGUUUGAGGCCAGCCUGGUCUACAGAGUGAGUUCCAGGACAGCCAGGGCUACACAGACAAACCGUGUCUCGAAAACCUCGAAAAAAAAAUAUAUACACACAUAUGCAUACACAUAUAUACACAUAUACAUACAUACACACACACACACACACACACACACACACACACACACACACACACACACGAGCGCAUUUAUUUCUGAGAUAGUCUUGCUUUAUUGCCCAGAUUUGCAACUACCCUGCCUUAGAUUUCUGAUGGUUCAGGCUAUCUGAAAGAGGUGUGUAUUUUCAAAUGUAACCCUAGUGAUUUGGUUCUUGUUGUUGUUUUUUUUUAUUUUUGUUUUGGUUUUGAAACAGGGUCUUGCUAUGUAGCCCUUCCUGGCCUGGACAACUCACUAUGUAGACAGAAUUAUGCUUGAACUUACAGCGAUUCACAUGUGUUUGUCUCCAAAGUGCACCACACACACACCCCCAUGUAUUAAUGUACUUUAUUGUGCCCAGGCUGAUCUCAAUUUCUAGACUCCAAAAAUCUUUUCCCUUCCCUUCCCAGCAGCAUGGCAUGUAUUAAGCUUGGCUCAGAAAAGCAACUUUUAAAUUUGUUUUAAGACAAAGGUCUCCCAUGGCUCAGAACUGUGGAGCUAAAGCUGGCCUUCAAUGCCUGUCCUCCUGCCUCCUCUCAAGUGCUAGGAUUAGAGGUGUGACCCACCAUGUCUGGCUCAGUAAAGUAUUUAAGGAAAAUAUUAAAUUUAGACUCUGAAAUAAUAUUGGAGCUGCUGACCAAAGGGUAAAAGACAGCUAUACUUUGCAGGUAGAAGAAGACAAAUGAUCUGGAAAACAAAAGUUGAGUCAUUGAUCAGAAUGUCUUAGAAUAUUGAAUGACUACCACUUGGAUUCUUGAUUUGUUUUGUUUAUUGUUUUGUGACAGGAUUUCACUAUGUAGCCCCGGCUGUCCUGGAACUUUCUAGAUACACCAGGCUGGCCUUAAAACUCAAGAGAUCUGUAUCUGCCUCUGCUUCCUGAGAGCAGGGACUAAAGGUGUGCACUACUAGACCCAGCACCAUUUGGGUUCUUAUUGAAGAUACAAAGGCUGAGUUUUAGACAGAUCAGUAAUUUAACUUUUGCAAAUCUUCCCAAUAGUUCCAGAUUUAGUUCAUUAUGUGGAAUCCGCAGGAGUCCUUAGGCUCAAUCCCUAGCAUCUCCCAGCAACUUCCAAAUGGGUCAUAGUGCUAAACCUUUCAUUCCUGUGCUUGGAAUUUUAAGUGGAGGCAAGAUCAGGAGUUCAAAGCCAUCCCCAAUUACCUACUGAGUUUGAGUCCAGUCUGGUCUACACUAGAUUCUGCCUCAGAAAGACAGUUUUAUUUUUGUUAAAGUAAAAUAACCCUUUUCUUGAGUUUUGCUUAUAAAGAAGAAAUUCAAUUAUGAAAAAUUAUCUAAUGACAUGGGACAGCAACUCUAGUUCUAUGACAAACCUUUACACACCAACAAACCUCAAAGGCUGAGCUGCUACAGGAAGCUGGUAGUAAAUUUUUAAAAACCUAAUAUGAUUUUUCCAGUUCCCAAAAGCAGUGCCAAUGUUUUUUUAUUUCUUUUCUUUUCUCCUUUUUAAUGAGUCCUCACUGUGCUGACCAAGGUGGUGCUCAUCAUUAUUCCCAGCACCCAGGAGGCAGAGGAAGGUUUUCUGUGAGGUUGAAGCCAACCUGGUCUACAAAGGAAGUUCCAGGUCAGCCAGGGUUACACAGAGAGUCUAUGUUUCAAAAAACAACAACAACCAGAAAACAGAAGCAAGUAGAGUCUCACUGUGAUAUACGCUGACCUAGAAUUUGCUGUGUGGUCCUGGCUGGCAGUGAACUCUCAGCAAUCUUUCUGCUUCGGCCCUCUAAGUGUUGGGAUUACAAAUAUGAGGUGCCACACCCACCUUUUUUUUUUCAAGAAUAAUAAAAAUUUCGGAUUAGGGAGAUCAUUUAGUAGGUAAAGUGGUUGAUCACCAAACAUGAGAACCAGAGUUUUGCUCCUCAGAGCUUGCUAGCUAAUCAAAUGUCAGCUCUGGCUUCAGUAAGACCCUGUCUCAAAAGACAAGGUGGAAAGCAAAAGAGAAAGACACCUGACCUCUAUGGCCUCUGCAUGCAUAUGCAACCUGCACACAUAUGCACACACCACACAUAUACAAGUAAAAAUUCAGACUUUAAAGUCUCAUCUGAAGCCAUUAUUUUCUCUCUAGCUUUGACAGGCUAUCAUGUAACCCAAGCUGGCCUCAAACUAACCAUGCACCUACAGCUGGCCCUGAAUUCCUGAACCUCUUGCCUUAAGUUUCCCUAGUGUUGCCGGGCAGUGGUGGCAUAUGCCUUUAAUCCCAGCACUUGCAAGGCAGAGGCAGGCAAAUUUCUGAGUUCCAGGCCAGCAUGGUCUACAGAGUGAGAUCCAGGAGAGCCAGGACUAUACAGAGAAACCCUGUUUCAAAAAAACCAAGAAAAAAAAAAGUUUCCCCAGUGUUAGAAUUACCGAAUUACCGCUGUGUGACACCACAUCUAGCCCCUAUCCCUUUUGUUUUGAGAUGAGGUCUCACUAUGUAGCUCUGGGCUUGGAACUCAAUAUGUAGACCAGGCUGGCCUUGAAUUCCCAGAGAUAUGCUAGCCUUCGAGCUGAUAUUAAAUGCAUGUUUCACCAAGCCCAUUUUCUUUCUUUUUUUAAAGUUUAAUUUAUGAGUAAUUACCUACAUGUAUGUGUGUGCACCAUGUACAUGCCUGUUACCUGAGGAGGUCAAGAGUGCGUUGGAUCAUCUGGAACUGGAGUAACACAGUUAUGAGCUACUGUGUGGUUCUUAAGUUUACUGAACCUGGGUUCUCUCCAAGAGCAGAAAGUGUUCUUAACCACUAAGUCAUCUCUUCAAUCACAUAGAGACUAUUACUGGUCUUCAGUGAACAAAAGCUAUAUUCCUGAAUCCCAGCCACUUGGGAGAGGCAGGCAAGUAUCUGUGAGUUCCAUGCCAGUCAGAGCUAAAUAGUGAGGCCUUUUCUUAAAAACUGCAGCAGGUAUUCAAACAUCAUGUAUGAUGGAGAGCGCUUUUAGUCCAGGCAGUCAGGUGGACAUCUAUGAGUUUGAGGCCAGCCUGGUCUACAUACAUAGUGAGACCCUGUCUUGAACAAAACUAACAACAACCCAAAACCAAACCAACCAAACAAGCCUACCUUAAGAUUUUAUUUUUUAAUCAUGUGUCUGGGUAUGUCUGUGCCUCAGGGUGUGUGAGCAUGUACAAGCACUCUUAGAGGCCAUGUUGGAUUCCCUAGAGGUGGAGAGAUAGCAGCUGUGAGCCCCCCAGUGUGGGUGCUGGGACUUGAACUCAGGCCCCCUAAAAUAACACUUUGCCCUCUUUACCACUGAGCCAUCUCUCCAGUCCUGGGGGCUGCUUUAAACAUGGAAUUCUGCAUACCCAGAUAAUGCCAAUGCAACUUUCAGGCAAAAGCAGAUUAUCAAAUUUGGGACUGGAAGGAACAUCUUCCUUUUAGUUCUAGAAAAUGGUCACUAAGCCUAAUAGCAUUCAAACAAUCUGAUCAGAGAAAAAAGCAUAUGAUGGAUCACAUCUAACCCUAGCUUUGGCUACUUAUUGAUUUCACAGCCAGUUUGGUCUACACAGUGAAUUCUGGGACAGCCAGGGUAUACAGCGAGCCUGGUCUCCAGAAGGAAAAAGAAAAAAAGAAAAAAAAAAAAAAAGGAUAAAUCUCGGGAGUUGGGAGCUUACACAGAGAUGCAUGUAUGUCUCAGAAGCAAGCACUUUCAUGGCACCAAGGAAUAAUUUGGAAAUUUGGAGAAGCAUUUCUACCUCUGCCCAUGUAUCCAACUUAUAGAGUGACUGGUCUUCACAAGUUGGCUGUCAGAAAAAUAUAAAAUACCAAGGACUUAAGAAUCACAACUGCUUUGGUGCCAUGAGACACUGAUCCUACUCAGUUUCCUUAGAUGGCUUUUCUUUUGUGUACACCCCAGCCAAACCUAAAGUAAGGCAGGUCUUAUAUAUGCUCUAGUAAGUUUAUUGGUGGAGAGGUAAAAGACAGAGCCUCGUAGCUUCUGAAGACUCUACUUCUAAAGUAGAAAGGGCUGUCUAUACAGGUACAGAAGAGUGAGCACUUGAGGUACCGUGAGGGAAGCAGUGUUUCUCCAUUCAGAGUUAGAAACUGAGGCAGUUAGGGUUUUCCUGAGCCACUACCUCCUCACCUUGCCAUAGCUAAUGCUUUUUUGUAUUCAUUUUGUGUAUGAAUAUGCAGGUCCAUAUGCAUGGGGAUGUGCACACUCCUGUAUAUGGAGGGAGGCCAGAGGGUAAUCCUUGGUGCCAUCCAUCUGUGCCAUUUCCCACAGACAUACACUUAUUUACUGGAGACAAACCCUCUUACUGGUAAACUGUCACUAGCCAAGUACACUCAGCAAACCCCAGGAAUCUGCCUGUCUCUGCCUCCCUAACACCCCUUCCCCCCAACAGGGGCUUCUCUGUGUAGCCCUGGCUGUCUUGGAGCUUCCUUUAUAGGCCAGGUUAGUCUCAAAUGCAAAAGAUCCGCCUGCCUCUGCCUCCCAAGAAGAAAUGCCCCACCACCUUUUGAGUAUGUAUGAGUCUACCUGCAUAAAUGUUAUGUGCACCACAUGCAUGCCUGAUACCCAUGGGAUUCAGAAAAGGGCCCGGGAACUGGCAUCAGUCACGUUCUACCUUUGUGGGUGCUGGGAAUCGAACAUGGAUCACUGCAAGAGCAGUAAGUACUCUUACCUGCUCAACAUUGCUCUAGGCCCCAGCUUCUUUUAACUUGAGUUCUAGAGACAACUUAGGUCUUCAUGCUUAAACACUCACUGGCUGAGUUGUCUCUCCCUCCCAUUGUUUGUUGAGAUAGGGUCUCACUGUAACUCAGACUGGUAUUCAGUAUGUCAAUCCACCUGCCUCAGCCUCCUAAGUAUAAGGAUUAUACUGAGCACCUCUCAACUACUUAAAAAUCAAGGAAUGGAAACACUUAAACACUGUCAAACCUUCAUUUAUAAAUGAAUAACAAAUGUCUGCCGGAACCCCCAGGUCCCCUUUCAGCUCCUGUGCCUAUCUGGCUCCUACCAAGUUAAGAGUCACACUUUCCUAACUCAUUCCCAACUCCCAGUCUCCACUCCUGAGCAGGCUAUUGCAAGUGCUGUUCCACCCAGCCACAUCCCUUUCUUUCUUUCUUUCUGAGACAGGAUCUUAACCUGCAGCCAAGGUUAGCCUCCAAUUUUGUGGGUACCUUUGCCUCUGCCUCCCAAGUGCUGGGAUUAGCAUGAGGCUCCAUACCAGGCGCCUCAUCUUUUCUUGAUCAGGGCAGUGAACAUGACAAAAAUGGAACUACAGGAUGAGCACUGCACUGUGGCUUCAGUUAGUGUUGGCUGCUGAUGGGAGCCCUAGGCUAAGGCAGGUGGGCUCCCAUAAAAUUUAAGGCCAAUGAACUCUACAAAGCAAGUCCGAGGCCAUCCCAGACUACAGAGCAAAGCCAUGCCUCAAAAACAAAAACAAAACAAAGAAAAAAAAGGCACAGUUUGGAUUAAGAACUUUAAUAGGGGCUAGGGAUGUAGCUCAGUUGACAGGAUACUGCCUAGAGUGCACAAAGCCCUGGAUUCAAUCUCUAAUACCACACAAAUUGUGUACGAUGGCACACUCCUGUAAUCUCAGCAUUCAGCAAGCAUAGGCAGGAGUUCAAAGGUCUUGGCUACAGAGAGUUUUCAAGGCUAGCAAGAACUACAGUAGACCCUGUCUAAAUUAAUCUUAGUCAUGACUGAAUGCAAUGGUAUACACCUGAGAACACUUGAGGGGCUCAAGCAGAUAGUUCCAGGUCAUGGGUGAGAGCAAACAUAACAACAAUAACCCCAUUAGGAGAACAGCCAGAUGGCUCAUUGUGUAAAGGCACUUGCUACCAAGCCUGACAACAGGACGUUUAUCCCCGGACACCCAGGUGGUAAGAGAACAGACUUACAAAUUCUGACCUCCACAUGUAUGCAUAUGUAAACACAAAGGAAGUAAAUAAAUAAUAUUGGGUUUGGUGGUACCUGCCUACAAUCCAAGGACUUAGGAGGCGGAGGAAGGAAGUUCAAUGCCAGCUUAAACUACAGAACGAGUUUAAGGUCAGUCUGGGCUAUCCGAACCCUGUCUCAAAGGAAAAAAACAAGUUGAUAUACUAGCUCAUACCUGUAAAUCUAACACGUGGUUGAGGCAGAAGGAUUACUCUGCCUAGGGUAGAGUAAGAAGUCUCAAAAAAAACCCAAACCAGUCAAUAGUGAGCAGGUAUUUCUGUUUGUUGUUUUGUUUGCACAGUAGACUUUAAAAUUUUUCUUCAAACCAUGAGGUAUGGAGGGAAAAAUUAGUUAUAGCUAGGAAGCUCUCACCCCAUUUAGGACUAUUCAAGUUUCACUAGUAGCCCUGGCUGGCCUGAAACUCUCUAUGGAGAGCUGGCUGGCCUCAAAUUUAAGAGAUCCACCACAUCCAGCUGGAAAGACUUUGUUUUUUUUAUUAAUACAAGGGGCAGUCCUUCAACCCUGAAGAAACUUUCCCGGGUCCUACUGUUAAAGCAAGGGCCUAGGAGUUAAGACCAUCUAUAACUAGCAGUAAAAUUCAUUACAAGGUACUCACAGGUAUCAAUGGCUAGUUAACCACCUACUUCAGAGCCUUACCUGGGCACAAUUUUAACUGACAGCUCAACUACAAAGCUAUCAUUUGAAGGUGUAGUCUGGAAAUCUUUAAGAAACAAGUUCAGUAAGAGAGCCUUUUAAAUGCUGGCAGUGCUAUAAUGUUAGGUUGUAAGUUUAUUCGAGGUCUCCCCUAUAUCCUAUAUAACACAUAAAGUAGAUCAAAACUGCCAUUUCUACUUAAGUACUUUCUGCAUCUACAGAAGAGAUGGCUUCAGUAACAAUGAGACAGUGGCACAGAAAAUACUCUUUUUAGUUUGUGGAACAAGACUUUAAAUGGGACAUGGUGUAGGCUUACAAAAAAAAAAAAAAAAAAAAUCACAUCGGAAUUAACUCCCUUUGCCCUUGUAGCACAGCCUCUUCGCCCCUAAGUUACGGCUCAGAUUUCAAAAUGCAAGCAGAUGUUUUUGAAGUACCCGAAAUGGGCCACUCCGUUUCUAUUACUGGACUGUAGUGACUGAAAUUAUUUUCUUUCCCCCAACCCUUCAAAGGGCAUAACCCCAUCCCUUUGGCGUGAAAUUUUGAAGUGGGGCGACACACUUCAGGAGUUUCCAAAAGCGGAUGCUGACGUUCGAGGUGACAGUAGUUAAAGACAUCAUCUGCUGCAAGAGUAGGAGAAGAUGGCCACUGUGAACCAUACCAACUGCAACACAGCGUCACCAGCUGCUCUGGAGGAGGCCAAGACUUCCGGUGGUCUUCGGAGCCCCCAGAUAGCCCAUGAGCCUCAUGACUUCGGUGGUUCCCAGCUUCUGCCAUCAGGACAGGAGAUCCAAUCAGAGGAUGAAGGGACUGUCCCCGCUGGCGAUGGCUCAAGUUGUAACAUUAGGGGUUCUCGAACCCAGAGCCCAGGGGGCUGUUCGGUGGAGGCGGUGCUGGCCCGAAAGAAGCACCGUAGGCGGCCAUCGAAGCGCAAGCGGCACUGGCGGCCCUACUUGGAGCUGAGCUGGGCCGAGAAGCAACAGCGAGAUGAGAGGCAGAGCCAGAGGGCCUCUCGGGUCCGUGAGGAGAUGUUCGCCAAAGGUCAGCCCCUGGCGCCCUACAACACCACCCAGUUCCUCAUGAAUGAUCGUGACCUGGAGGAGCCUAACCUCGAUGUGCUUCACGGGCCCUCCCACUCUGGCUCCGGUGGGGAGAACGAAGCAGGGGACAGUGAUGGGCAAGGCCGAGCCCAUGGGGAAUUUCAGCAGAGGGACUUCUCUGAGGCCUAUGAGCGGUACCACACUGAGAGCCUUCAGGGCCGCAGCAAGCAGGAGCUGGUGCGAGACUACCUGGAUCUAGAGAGGCGUCUGUCACAGGCUGAGCAGGAAACUCGGAGGCUCCGGCAGCUGCAGGGUUGCUCCAGCAGGCAACCCUGUCAACAGGUGGAAGAGCUGGCUGCUGAGGUGGAGAGGCUCAGAACUGAAAACCAGCGGCUGCGUCAGGAGAACGAGAUGUGGAACCGAGAGGGCGGCUACUGUGACCAGGAGAAACCAGCCUCAGAAGGGACCCCUUGGCCCAAGGUUGAAGCCCCAUUUCAGACCCACACAGGCCAGCUGGGUCAUAGGGAGGCAGGUGACAGAUGAAAGCUACUCCCUGUCUCCACUGAGAACUGCUAAGACAAGGUCAGAGUUUCCCCUGCCAUUUUCAUGGUUGGAUCUUUAAUGUCAUCUAACUUUUUACACAGCAAUUAAACAACCUUGUGAGAGCCAGUGAGAGUGGCUACAAUUGAUUUCA